AUGAGUAUAUUGGUUAUAGUUCUACUAGCAGCAGUAGCAGCGCUGUCAAGUGCUCUGACAAUAAAUUCCACAAAUAAAAUGGAUAUGAAAUGGGUUAGUCCUUGUAAUGUCUCUCGAACAAACGGUUCCAAUCCGGACACUGCUUAUUGUCAGUUGGAGGACCAUGCUGAUCUCCUCAACAAAACAGUAAUCCAAGCGAGAAUAGCAUUAAAUCAUGCAGAACUAUUUAGAGAUGAUUUUAUCAGACAAAUUUUCAAGACGAACGAAGUAGCAUGUGUCCUCAAAUUGUGGAGGCAACAUCAUUAUACUUGGCUACCUACACGAAUUGAGAUACCCAAAGAACUGGGAGAGAAAUUGGAUAAUGAGCAUCUCAAUAAAUUGGACAUUAACACGUCUCUCGUUGCUGCAUACGAAUAUAUGCAGAAAUAUGCGGUGGGCUUAGAGCAGGUAGUUUGGGAUCAAAAGGAUUAUCAUCCUCGCAAUCAGUCGUAUCAUCAGAAAUUCGUGGAAGUCGAAUGUAAACUUCAAGCGGUUCUGUGUAUGAUCCAAGUUGCUAUAGAAGAACGUUGUGUAACGCGACGGCCGGAUGUCACUAGAGAUAUUAUGCCACCUGAUUUCCGAAAUACGACAGACAUGACGUCCCGUGGCCUGCGUGACUGGCUAAUUUUCCGUGAUUACAUGAAUGGUCUCGAGUAUGUGAUACAAGUAUUUUCACAUCUCUGCCUACGCCUGUAA